AACUAGAGUUACGAGGUCAGCAACCGUAAACAAUUCAUUUCAUUUCAAUUCAAUUAAACAAGAUAACCAAACAGGUUUGCGAAACGAUUAGUAGCUUGGAGGAUCAAAUAAUUCUAGCGAGCUGUACACUGAAAAUGCACAUAAAGUAAACAUCGGUUGUUAAUCAUGGGCCAGACAUUGUCAGAGCCAGUGACUACCAAAGAAACUGAAGCAGUUGGUAAUGCAAAUUAUAGAGUGGCUGCAUCAUGUAUGCAAGGAUGGAGGAUCAAUAUGGAAGACAAGCACACAGUUUUGUUAUCACUGAAAGAGGACAAAGAUGCAGCUUUCUUUGCCGUAUUUGAUGGGCAUGGAGGUUCGAAAGUUGCACAUUACUGUGGAGAAUACCUUCACAAAAAGAUUGUCAGUCAAAAAGGCUAUAGCAAGGGAGAUAUCGUAGAUGCAUUGAAGAGUGGUUUUUUAAGCUGCGAUGCUGAUAUGUUACAAGACGAAUCAAUGAAAGAUGAAAUGGCAGGAUCGACUGCUAUUUGCACUCUCGUAAAAAACAAUACAAUCUUUUGUGCCAACUGUGGCGAUUCAAGAGGAAUCGCAAGUGUCAAAGGGCGGGUUCAAGAAUUAUCGUUUGAUCACAAACCUUCCAAUGAAGCGGAAACGAAAAGGAUUGUCGCUGCUGGUGGUUGGGUAGAGUUUAAUCGAGUUAAUGGAAAUUUAGCAUUAUCUAGAGCAAUGGGUGAUUUUAUUUUUAAAAGAAAUUCAACGAAAUCGGCAGAAGAGCAAAUCGUAACAGCGUACCCAGAUGUCACUGUCAAGCAAAUAACUGAAGACCACGAAUUCAUUUUCCUAGCAUGUGAUGGAAUAUGGGAUGUUAUGACAAACGAAGAAGUUGCUGAUUUUGUUCGCUGUCGUAUUGCAAAAAAAUUAUCCCCAGAGCAGAUUUGCGAAGAGAUUUUGAGUCACUGUUUAGCACCUGACUGCCAAAUGGGAGGCCUUGGUUGUGAUAACAUGACUGUCAUUCUAAUAUGCUUGCUAAACGGCUGUCCUUAUGAAGAUCUCGCCAAGAAAUGCUCUAGACCGGCUGACAUCAGCAGUGAAGAAUCCCCUUCUCAAGAGAACGGAGAAUGAAACAGUUCGUUUUACGAAGAGAACAGUACCGUUAGUUCUAAUAGUGUUUAAUAUUCCCAUUUGGCCUUUGGAUACAGCACGCAAAAUUUCAAGGAAAUUUGUAAAUAGCUGAAAAGUUCAUCAGCUGUGUUUUAUUUAAUGUAUUUCACAACCAGCAUUUUUAUAAUUGAUUCAUAAAUGCUAGCCAUACACACUACCACAAGGGCCUACAAACAAUUAGAAAUAAGGGAUAACCUAUUUAUAGUAGAGUUUCCCCACUUUCCUAUUUUGAUGUCUCUGCCGCGUGGUAACUUACUAAAUAUUCAGUUGUUUUGUUAUUGAUCGUCUGUACUCCAUUCAAUCCAGCCUUACAUCGAUGGUCAAUAAUAACACAGAAGAUACCAGAAAUAUUCCGUUUCAAGCUGAAACACCACCUCUCCUCUAUUUACGUUUUUUAAAGCUUUAAUGGCCAUUUGCUGCUGGUGAUUUUCUCUCUAAUAUUUUCACUAUUUCAAUGAUUUUCAAACUUCGAUGUGUGUUUUUGUUUUGAAGAUGUAAUUCAUGUGAUAUUCUAUUGAUACCUUUUUGCUUCACGUACGAUAUUUUCACGGACCUGUUGCAGGAAAA